AUGACUAAGUCACAGGUAUCCUUUGAGGAUGUAGCUGUGGAUUUCACGUGGGCGGAAUGGCAGCUGCUGAAUCCCACUCAAAAGAAUUUAUACAAAGACGUGAUGUUGGAGAACUAUAGCAAUCUAGUUUUCUUGGGGUAUCAGAUUAUCAAACCUAAUGCAGUCUUUAAGCUAGAGCAAGGAGAAGAACCAUGUAUGACAGAUGACGAAAUGCUAAGUCACAACCUUCCAGAAGUCUGGCUAGAUAAAAUUCACAACAUGAGGCACAAAGAUAAUCAAGACAAGCUUAAAAGUACAGAGAGAUGCCGUGAAUAUGAUGUUUUGGGGAAGAUACUUCAUUCAAGCAUUAAUAUUACUCAUUUGGGAGCAAGGCCUCAAAAGCAUGGCGCUGGUGAAAACAGUUUAAAACAUCCUUUCAACUUAACUAUUCCAAAAAGUUACUGUAACAGAAUGCAACUUGGUGAGUUUAAUAAGAAUUUGUUAAUUCACAUCGAAACAGACAGAACUCAGAGUGAAAUAAAGUACUGUGACUGUAAUAAAUGUAAACAAGGCAGUGGUACAGAGUCCUGGCUCAUUACAAAUCACGUAACACACAGAGGAGUGUAUGUAUGCAUGGAAUGCGGCAAGUUUUUCAGUAAGAGGUCCCAGUUUAUUAUACAUCAGAGAACACACACAGGAGAGAGGCCCUACCAAUGUGGUGAGUGUGCAAAAGCCUUUUCACAGAAGUCAUUGCUCACGAUACAUCAAAGAACUCAUUCUGGAGAAAAACCGUACGGGUGUGGGGAAUGUCAAAAAACGUUCAGUAGGAAGUCGCUUCUCAUUUUACAUCAGAGAACUCAUACAGGAGAGAAACCCUAUGGCUGCCGUGAAUGUGGAAGAGCUUUCAGCAGGACGUCACAGCUUAAAAGGCAUCAGAGAACCCAUACAAUAGAGAAACCCUAUGGGUGUAGUGACUGUGGAAAAACUUUCUCCCAGAAAUUAAAACUCAUGACACAUCAGAGAACUCAUACGGGAGAGAAGCCCUAUCAGUGCACUGAAUGUGGGAAAGCCUUCUUCUGGAAAUCACAGCUGAUCACUCAUCAGAGGACGCAUACAGGGAAGAAGCCCUAUGCAUGUAGUGAGUGUAAGAAAGCCUUCAGCAGGAACUCACUCCUGAUUCGACAUCAGAGGAUUCAUACAGGAGAGAAGCCCUAUGAAUGUAAUGAAUGUGGGGAGGCCUUCAUCAGAAAGCCCCAGCUCCUCAGACACCAGGUAACUCAUACAGGAGAGAAGAACUUUCCAUGCAGUGACUGUGAAGAGGCCUUUUUUAAAAAGUCAGAACUAAUUAGGCAUCAAAAAAUCCAUUUAGGAGAGAAACCCUAUGGAUGUGUUGAAUGCGGAAAAACUUUCUUUGGGAAAUCACAGCUGCUAACACAUCAGAGAACACACACAGGAGAGAAACCCUAUGAAUGCAGAGAUUGUGGGAAAGCGUUCAGUCAGAAGUCGAGCCUGAUAUCCCAUCAGAGGACACAUACAGGGGAGAAGCCCUAUGAGUGUGGUGAAUGCAGAAAAACCUUCAGUGAGAAAUCAAGUCUCAUUCAUCACCAGAGAACUCACACAGGAGAAAAGCCCUUUGAAUGUGGCGAAUGCAGGAAGGCUUUCGCCUGGAAACCACAGCUCAUUAGGCAUCAGAAAAUCCAUACAGGGGAGAAACCCUAUGAGUGCAGUGAAUGUGGGAAAGCAUUUGUUCAAAAAGUACAGCUUAUUAAACAUCAGAGAAAUCACACAGGAGAGAAAACUUAUGGCUGUGGUGAGUGUGGAAAAGCUUUUUUUGAGAAGACACAGCUCAUUAUACAUCAGCGAAUUCAUACGGGAGAGAGACCCUAUGAAUGUGAUGAAUGUGCAAAGUCUUUCACUAGAAAGUCACACCUUAUGAGGCAUCAGAGAAUUCAUACAGGAGAAAAAUACUAUGGAUGCAAUGAAUGUGGGAUGACCUUCAAUAGGAAGUCAUUACUGAUGACACAUCAGAAAAAUCAUAUACUAUAG